GAAAGAGAGACAGGAGGGGUCUGAGAGGAAGGUAUGAGUAGGGUGCUUUCUUUGCUCUUGCCAGACUUUUUGAUACAAAGUGAAAACAAUCCUCUCUGCCAGCGACUUCAGACCUCAGCGACUCCAUCGCCGCCCACUCUUCCUCACCUUGCGCUCCUCCUGUUACCUUGGGCCGGUAGAGAUAUGGACACAUCUUCAGGUGCAUGGACUUUGCGCUAGGCGGCCGCCGAAGUUCCAAAUAUCCAAAUCUUUAUUGCAACGCUUCCAGCCAGGCUUCAAAUCCAGACUUCUGGAGGGGGGUUCAGAGGUGGAGGUGUGGGAAGCGUUUGGACUCGCAGCCCAAAGGAUAAACGAAGAAAAGAGCUUCUAUAUCAAAGGACACUUAAAAGGAAGGACUAUAUCCCAAUGUGGAGAACACCAAUGAAUAUGGCCGUUUUAUCUGGCAAGUCCCUUUUCCCGCUCCUCCUCCUCCUCCUCUUCUAUGGCCCUCUCUGCUGUCUAUGCCAGUCAACCAACAGCAGCUCAACCAACACCCCAGCCACUUCCUCUCCUUCCUCAAAUGAUACUUUCCUGUCGGGCGUGCCGGGCUGUGGUAAAGGACUGCACCCCAUCUAUAGGUACCUGUGUGAUCGGCGGGCAGCUUGGGGUAUUGUCGUGGAGACCCUGGCCUCUUCAGGCUUCCUGUUCAGCACAGGUCUCCUGUUAGGCCUCCUGCUCUGGUCCCUGUGGAUCUGCGUUUCCUCAAAGCAACAACGCAGCAGCAUCGGAGGCACGGUGGCCUGCAUGUCCCUGUUCCUGUUGGCCACAGCCGGAAUCUUCGCCACCACCUUCUCCUUCGUCAUCCGCCUCACCCCUCAGACCUGCCCCACCAGGCUCUUCCUCUUCAGCGUGCUCUUCUCCCUGGCGUUCUCCUGCCUGCUGGCUCGCUGCCUCGCUCUGCUGGGCUUUGCAGCUGCACGGGGCUGGGGGGAACCCGCCCUGGCCCUGGGGCUCUUUGCUGUGCAGGUCAUCAUCUCAAUCCAGUGGCUGAUCCUCGUGCUGGUCCGGGACAAGAACCCUUGCGAGUACAGCCAGGAGGAAUUUGUCAUGAUGCAGAUCUACGUGCUGUGCCUCCUGGCGAUCAGCUUGAUCCUCUCGCUACACUUCCUGUGCCGCUCAUGCUUCACAUACAGCUACAACUACACUGGGGCCAGCUACCUGCAGGGGAGGCUGCAGGCCACACUGCUCUGCCUCACACUGCUGCUCUCCGCCUGCAUCUGGGUGGUGUGGAUCACUAUGCUCAUCAGGGGAAACCCCGAGUUGGGCCGCCGGCCGCGAUGGGAUGACCCGGUGCUUAGCAUCGCCUUGGUGGCAAAUGGCUGGGUGUUACUGAUGGGGCACGGGUUGUCCCAGGUCGCCUUCCUCUGCAGGGGGGAGGCCAAGUCCAAGGAUAUCCCUCUGAGCUUUGCAGGCUGGACCAGCCCCAGUGCUGAUAUCCCAGGACUGAACAGCCCGAAGGAGGGGAAAGAAAACGGAAGCUUUGAGACUGAUGGUGACAACAAGAGAGGCAGGAGGACUGAACCAUCGCUACGAUCACCCUACGAGUCUGGAUUCUCCAUGACAGAAAUUGAUCCUGACAAAGAUUACACCAUCCCUCGCCCUCAGACGACCAACUACAGGGAACCUUAUGAUGAAUAUUACGGACAUGAUUAAAAUCACACUCAUAAUGGUCCUUGCGCGCUCACACACACUGCACAUAAACUGACAUAUACCAAAACCAAAGACGAGGGUGAACUCAUGCACUAAUCUGUUCUUAAAGCACUUGGCACAAAAAUAUGUUCUUCUAUGUUUCAUUUUCUGACGUUCGUUUGCUGUUGAAAGAAAUGUUAUUUCAAAUCUGCCAUAAGGAUGUGAAAUCCUCAAAAAGAAGAAAGAGGGCUCAGCAGUGACUCAUCAGCUUGAGUUUCAUCAUCAAGGCUGGAUGGGUUCAAAUAAGUCCAGCUUUCUUCUUGCGGGAAAUCCACAUCACAAAAGCUGAGUGCAAGUGAGUCUGGUGUGUGUGUGUGUGUGUGUGAGUCUAAGAUGGUAUAUAAUAGCCCUGAGGUGAUAGAAGAGGCGUGAAACUGCCACUCUGAAGGUGCCAAACUGCUGAGCAGAGGCAUCUGUGAAUGGUAGAGAGGAGGGAUGAAAGCAGGGGGAGUGAAGAGGAGAUCAGAUGAGACAAGACAGGAGACCUGUCAGCACUACGGGAGGCUUGUGCCAUCACUGAUUAACGUCUUCAUAUUCAAAGUUGCGUUACAGUUGCUGGGUUCUGCCGGUGCUGCUGCACCAAAAGCAAGGGAUGUGGUCUGUGUAUGCAGAGAGAUACGAGGUGAACAAGCGAUGCAUAUUCGGAUCAUUUCCAGCACAUAUUUGUGAUGUGUUAUCAAUAAAAUCUACAACAGCC